AUGCUCCUCGCGCGGCAGCGGCUUGAGCGGCGCGGACACACUAAGAGCCGCAGGGGCUGCUUCAACUGCAAGCGAAGACGUAUCAAGUGCCAGGAAACGAGGCCAGCCUGUGGCCACUGCGUCAAGACGGGGCUCAACUGCGAGUAUCCCGCCGUUCCACUGGUUGUGCACCAGCCACAGCACCAGAUCCCCGUGUUCAGCAUGCAGGACAUGCGCUUCUUCCAACACUUCCUGCUGCAGUGCUAUCCGCACCACCCCAUCGGGUCCGAGAGCAUCUGGACGCACGAGAUUCCGUGUCUCUCGCAAAAGGCACGUCUUUCCAGUCGUCUCUUCUGCAAUUUUGACCGAACUGACUCUCGGCAGUACGACUACCUGAUGCACGCCAUCCUGGGGCUCGCGGCGUCGGAACUGCUGUGCGAGGAUGCCAGCCUGGCCGAGGCGGCCAUGACGCACCGGCUCAAGGCGAUCCGCGCCAUCAAGAAGGCCAUCGCCGAGACGGCUGCCUCGGCACCGCCCGACGGCUCGUUCGAGGAAGGCAACGCGCUCAUGGCGACGUGCUACGCGCUGACGUUCCAGUCGGUGCUGCUGGACGACGGCAUGGCCGAGUACAUGACCUUUAUAAGAGGGAUCAUCCUGGUGGGCAUCCAGAUGUACGUGCGGCGGGCGCGGCUCAUCUUUGGCGACCUGAUGGGCGAGCAGGCCGAGGAGUCCAAGCUGGCGCCGCACAUGGCCGGCGUGCCGCUGAUCGAGCGCGCGUGGGUCGACGGCGCCGUGGCGGCCAUCGCGGCCCUCGAGCCGCUGGCCGCCCGCCACCCCGUCGAGCGCCGCUAUCACGAGAUGAUUGAAAACAUGGCGCGGCAGCUGUACGUGUCGUCGUGGGGGGCAUACAAGGCACUAACACAGCACUACGCGUGGUGGAUGAUGCUGCCGCACGAGCAGUUCCAGCGGCUGGUCGACCCGGCCAACCAGCCGGCCGUGCUGCUGGCCGCGCACUGGAUCGCGCUCAAGCAGAUCAUGGAGCCCGUGACGGACGCGCAGAAGCGCGCGUGGGCCGACGGCGGCGGCGGCACCAGCGAUAGCCUCGGCAUGAUCCGCUGGCUCAAGUACCUUAACCGCCUUGUCGGGGCUGAGUACCGUGCCUACAACGACUGGCCCGUGUGGGUCGAGCAGCAGCUGGCCGGGGACCGCGGGUUUUUCGGAAGGGCGGACUGA